AUGACUGGUGAAGCUCUAGCCAACAGUAUUUCUAGAUAUAUUCAUUUAGUUGCCUGACAGACCAUGAUGAAACUAGAUCCACUUCAGAAAGACUACAGAAAUAUAGUUGAUCUGAAGCUUUUGAGGCCAAUGCUUGAUGAGGCCAUUGAGUUCAACGUACACUAAGAGGAGAUACUUGUGGAAUUUAAGGAAUUGGAUUUGGUGGUUAAUGAGGCCAGGGAUGUCAUUGAAAACUGGAAUCCCAAAAUGAGUAAGAUAUUAAAUGUCUUCAGAAGUGAGCCAGUGGUGAUGAAGGUUCAAAAAAGUUUUGUGGGAAUUUGUUGUGUACUGAACAGAUUGCUUCUCUCUCCUGCAAUUGAGCACUGUAUGCAGGAACUUCAAUGUAUGGAACAGGGACAAGCAUCAGAAUUCAUCGAAGCUCUGAGAGAUCAGAGAGACAAUCUCAGACCCCGAUCAGAUAAUUUGAUGAAAAUUGUGGAACUGCGUGGUUUGGCAUUUAACCAGGAGUUAUUCAGGGAAAGUGUUGCUUUGGAGAAGGAAAAGGAGAAGGCUGAAUUAUCAAAAGAAAGAACAGACAUGCACUAUCUUGGUCAGAUUAUUGUCCUUGUCAGCCACAUUCCUGGUUGCAUCAGUUUGAAUAAAUCCAGACUUAAUGAUGGCAGGGCAGUUCCUGCACAUUUUUGCUGCCCAUUAUCAAUCGAGUUGAUGAUUAAUCCAGUUAUUGUGGCCUCCGGACAAACAUUUGAAAGGGCAUUCAUUCAGAAGUGGCUUGACUAUGGCUUAAGAACUUGCCCGAAGACACGCCAAUCACUUGCUCACUGUGAUCUCAUUCCUAAUGACACAGUUAAGGGACUUAUUCUGAAUUGGUGUGAGAUGAACAAUGUUCUUUUCCUCCCUUCCUUCAUGUCAGUAGAUCACCAGCAUUCAUACCCUAAUGUUCCUUCAACAGUCUUGGAUUCUCGAGAUAGUAAAGCCCUUCCACGCGAUAGGAGUGUUAGGUCUGAUGAGGCCCUGUAUACAGCCAAUCAGUACUUGGCAGCAAUGAACAAUGAGGCCCCUGGAGAAAUUACAUCUUUCCGUCAUGUUUCCCCCACUUGGUUGCCUGGACGAGUGCAUAAUUCAGGAAACCAGGCACAGGCUGGUGAUAGUACUGUUCCUCGAAAGCAUGCAUCUUCACUUCCAUCUUAUAGACGUGAGGAUGCCUCAGCUUCAACAACUGUUGAACAUUUUAAAAAAUUGAUUGAACUUCAUAGCCAAUCAAUUGGAUCACAAACGGCAGCAGCAGAAGAGCUUCGGCUUUUGGCAAAGUAUAAUAUGGAAAGCCAGGUAAUGAUUGCAGAAUGUGGAGCUAUAGCUCCAUUAGUUUUUCUAUUAUAUUCUCAAGAUAAAAAGACACAGGAAAAUGCAGGGACAGCACUUCUGGACUUGUCGAUAAAUGAUGAAAACAAAUGUAGAAUUGCUGAAGCAUAUGUGAUUGAACCUCUCAUUCAUAUCUUGAAAACAAGAAAUUCUGAAGCCAAAGAAAACUCUGCUGCAACUUUGUUUAGCCUCUCAGUUAUGGAGGAAUACAAGGCCAAGAGUGGGAGAUCUGGCGCUAUCUGUCCGUUGGUUGAACUUCUUGGUAAAGGAACCCUUAGAGGAAAGAAAGAUGCAGCCACUGCACUCUUUAAUCUAUCCAUCUUUCAUGAGAACAAAGCAAGCAUAAUCCAGGCAGGUGCUGUCAAGUUGCUCGUGGAGUUCGUGAUGGAUCCAGAAGCAGGAAUGAUUGAUAAAGCUUUUGUCGUUUUGGCAAAUCUAUCAAUGACCCCAGAAGGCCGAUCAACUAUUUGCGAGGAGGGUGGGAUUCCAGCAUUAGCAGAGGUUGUUGCGUUUGGAUCUCAAAGGGGUAAAGAGACUGCAGCUGCCGCCUUGUUGCAUCUUUGCAUUAAUAGCCAGAGUUACUCCAGCCUGGUGUUGCAGGAAGGAGUUGUGCCCCCACUGGUCGCAUUAUCUCAGUCAGGCACACUAAGAGCAAAAGAGAAGGUAAUGUGUUCUUCCAUGAUUUUCAUGUUCCAUAGAGUAGCCUUAAAACACCAUGCAGAUUGAGUUGGACGACCAAGUAAAAAAAUUGGUCGUUCCAUUUCAGAACUCUAGUAUCAAGGCCAAUGAAUUUGGAAGGCAUGUUCCAGCUGCAUGCCAACAAGAGCACCG